CUCCCAUCAACACCAACCCCUCAACUAAGCCAGCUCCCAGCGCUCAUCUCCAUGGUAGUGCGGCCCAUGAUGCUGCGCUCUUCUGUUGCACCGGGACGACAGUUGCUGCUGUCCUCCGCUCGUCAGCGGACCGCCUCCCAAUGGCUGUCCAGAGCCGGAGCAAGCAGCCGGCUUUCAGGUCAGAGGUUCUUCGCCGAUAUUAAGCCCCCUACCACCGCUGCUCCUACGCCCGCUACUCCGUCUUCCGAGUCUGCUGUUCCCCCAGAGACCGUCCCUAAGCCAUCACCCACCGGACAAGAGUCCACUCUCCCUCCCUCUACUCCUUCUACCCCAGCUCCUAAGGGUGGACGCUUCCGCAGAUUCCUUCUCUACUUGCUGCUUACCUCCGGAUUCGCAUACGGUGGCGGCGUUUUCCUGGCUUUGAAAUUCGAUAACUUCCACGAUUUCUUUACCGAAUACAUUCCCUAUGGUGAGGAGAGUGUCCUUUACUUCGAAGAGCGUGACUUCUAUCGUCGAUUCCCCAACACUUUGAGAAACCAGAACCGCCUUAACCCGACCCCAAGGGAUGAAGGAAACAAGAUCACCAUCCCAAGCAAGAGCGGACUUACCUCGAAGGUCGCCGAGGAGGAGACCUCGGGAGCAGAUGUUUCCCAGAAGGGCCCCCAUAUGAGUGCCACUCCGGCUCCGAAGAGCUCCGAAGCGCAAACCAAGCCCGCCGCCGCUAAGCCCGAGGACAAGACCACAGCUGUUGUGAAGGCCAAGGAGGAGAAGGCCGCCAAGGUUGCUGAGAAGGAGGAACCCAGACAACCGGCCAUUCCUGCUGUUACCCCUCUCGAGUUUGCUCAGGUCAACGAGGGAGAUGAAGCGAUCGUCCAGGAGCUGGUGAAGACGUUCAACGACAUGAUUACCGUCAUCAGCGCGGAUGAGAACUCCGGCAAGUACUCUCAGCCCGUGGCCAAGGCCAAGGAGGAACUCCAGAAGGUCGGAGAGAAGAUCAUCGCUGUUCGUGAGGAGGCCCGUCGUGCCGCUCAGGAAGAGAUUCAGCAGGCCCAUGCUACUUUCGAUGAGUCUGCUCGCGAGCUCAUCCGCCGUUUUGACGAAAUGCGUGCGGCCGAUGCCGCCCAGUACCGCGAGGAGUUUGAGGCUGAGCGCGAAAAGUUGGCCCAUGCCUACCAGGAGAAGAUCAGAACCGAAUUGCAGAGGGCUCAGGAGGUGGCUGAACAGCGCCUCAAGAACGAGCUGGUUGAGCAAGCCAUUGAGCUUAACCGCAAGUACCUGCACGAAGUCAAGGAGCUCGUGGAGCGAGAACGUGAAGGCCGUCUCAGCAAGUUGAACGAACUCACCGCCAACGUCAGCGAGCUGGAGAAGCUUACCUCUGGCUGGAGAGAGGUCAUUGACAGCAACCUCAGGACCCAACAACUCCAGGUGGCUGUUGAUGCCGUGCGCUCCGUUGUUGAUCGCUCUGCCGUUCCUCGCCCCUUCGUCCGCGAGCUUGUCGCCGUGAAGGAAUUGGCCGCUGAGGACCCCGUUGUUGAGGCUGCCAUCUCUUCUAUCAACCCUGCUGCUUACCAGCGUGGAAUCCCUUCGACCUCUCAGAUCAUUGAGCGCUUCCGUCGUGUCGCUGAUGAGGUGCGCAAGGCCAGCCUUCUGCCCGAAGAUGCAGGUAUCGCUAGCCACGCCGCCAGCGUUGUUCUGAGCAAGGUCAUGUUCAAGAAGGAUGCUGUUGCCGGUAGCGACGAUGUGGAGAGCGUGCUGUACCGGACCGAGAGCCUUCUGGAAGAAGGUAACCUCGAUGCUGCAGCUCGUGAGAUGAACAGUCUUUCGGGAUGGGCCAAGAUUCUGAGCAAGGACUGGCUUGUGGAUGUUCGCAGAGUGUUGGAAGUUAAGCAAGCUCUGGAGCGAUUUCUCGCAAAUCUCCAUGUCGGCCUUUCCUCGUGGACGUUGCCCCCUUUCCUAUCCCGCGGGACGGACCACUUCGUCACCAUAGCUUUGAUGUCGCCGAAGACCAAUGAAUCCUAUCCACUUACACCUCCUAUGCCCGAGACCGAUGAGACACAGCCAGAGUACCACACACGCUACCAUACAUCUAAUGAUAACUCCGACCGACAAAGGGGUGCGCACAUGAACGAGGGACGAGCGAGCGGGGAGCUAGAGGGCAGCACUCUCGGUAGCAGCUCUCGGGAUGGCGAUAAAGGAGGCCGGGCCCAACGCCGAACGGCCAGCUCCGGCGGCUUCCUAGUCGAUUCAUCUUUUCUACCCAGGUCAAAGAGCUUGCGUGCAAGCCAAUACCUCCCUCGCCGCUCAGACUCCAGCCGCAAGGAGAAGCGUGAAGCACCCGAACCUGAACUGGUAGUUACGAAGAAGCGAUCACGAUUCCCUUGGAUUCGGCAUAAAGAGCAGAAGGUAUCCCAAGUAGAGCAGGCGGAGCAUACCAAUCAUACGGAGCAUACGGAACCCACAACAGCGGAGGAGACUCCUGCUUCAUCGAAUCUGGAGCAGGAUGCGGCUUCCCAGGAGUCGCAUACCAAGCAGACGGACAAUCAGGACACCAUAGGUCUUGAUAGGGAUUCGCUCCAGAUAGUGAAUCUUGCAUUGAAUUUGAGCGAGUCGAGGAAAAGGAAUAGCCUGGGUCGCUCUGCUUCAACUCGUCUUUCCGGGGGUAGAUGGGCUCUGGCAGUAACCGACCUGGGGCAUGGCGGCUCUCAACAUGGCCAGAGGGUCACACAAGCACCGGGUGAAGAUCAUACUGGAAUAGUCAACUCCAGUCAACUGGGCGGACCGUCGACUCAUGCGCCAUCUUCAGUGGCAAGUCUACUUCCACAUUCUGCUGGUUCGGAACCCUUGCCGCAGGGCUUCUCAGAGAGCACACUUGCUCGAGCCGAGAAAGCUCGUCGCCAUUUUGAGCUAUUUUCGGAAUAUCUCCGACUACUUCCUUCCCUUCCUCCUCUGCAACCGAUUGACGAUCAAAAUGCCGAUUCAAUAUCUGUGCAUAGCAGUGGCUUUGCAUCACACCGGGUCUACAAUCCUCUUCAGUGUAUUCGCAAUCGCAAAGUGAGAUUUCGUGAGCGAUGUGCAAUAGACACGGAGGCAGCGGGGUGGUACGAUACGGAGAAGGUACAUCAGUGGGUUGAUUCAGUGCAGGCUGAAUACAGCCAGCAGCCGCACGGUCCCCUUGAAUGCCUGCGGCUUCCAUCGUUUCAUAAUUGUAAAGAUGCUACGCCGCGUGCAGAGGUAGACGAACCUGAUCAUCUUGCCGUCUCUCCUCCUUCAAGUCUGAGACGUGCUAGCCGCGCUAGCAGUGUCAAAGCACGCAGGCCACGGUCAGACUGGGUCAUCGACCCAGCAGAGUUCCUUUUCGAUGCCGCAUGGGUUGAGGAAAGGCAGAAUAAGAGUAAGAUUGUUGAUAGAGACGGGAAUUCUCUCUACCCAGAUCCUUCGAUCCUCAUCACCCCUGAUGAUGAUCAGACGCCCAUUGAACCACCGGAGCAGCUACAGAAUAAUCGGCAAUCGCUAGACUCGGAACACCCCACUUCUCGUACCUCCUUGUCUGAUUCGCGCUCGGUUUUGGCGACAGAAUUCAAUAGAGUCGGGCGUGGACGGCGUCGGCACAGGUUCCACGGCUCUGGCCGUAGUGGACAUGGAACCGAAGCAUCAAGGAGAAUGACAGGCUCUAAGAGGCAUAAACUCGGCCUUUUAUCAAGUAGCUCUUCGAGCAUCUCUAGUGCUGAGGGACGUCUGUACCGGGAAUCGCCAAUGGAUAAUACGUUGUCCUCUGAGAGGGGUGUGUCCCCACUGCCCGGCGCCUCACGACUUCGAGCCUCUGAGGCGCUCUCAGAAUAUGACACCGCCAUGGAUACCAGACUGACGCCAACCCAUGACACUUUUCCUCGUUAUGUGACCGGAAGAUCUCCUACUUGGGCCCGGUCAGAGGGAAAGCGAAGUUCUAUAUCCUCUAUUCCAAGUGUUGAUGACCGCUACGACCCCUUGACAACCUUAUCAACUGCAGAAAGCAGGUCUCCCGAGCUCCAUGCGCAGGUCGGCAUGUUUCCAAGUAUCGCAUCCAACCUAUCCCCACCGGCAAGCCGUUCGCCGUCGCCUACAAAAGGCCGCUUCUCACGUGCUAUUGGUGCUCGACAUGAGCGGAGUAAGAGCAACAUUCGGGCAAAGGAUAUUGCAGAUGAUAGCUCCCUGGAGUCGGCCCCUUUGCGCAAGGAUACUUCAACUGGGCAUCCCGAGGGUAUUCCCCAAGGUGGAAGGCUGGAACCAAGCCCGCUUCCCGAUCGAAUCUCUUCAGUAUUUCAGGAAGACCCAUCAAAGUUCAACUCACAAAACCGCAAAGACGCAGUACAGGGCGAAUCCAAGCUGCGUGGAAUAUUCAAAGGUCCUGGGAAGAUCGCAGAGAAAGUGGGCAACGAAAUGUCAAAAGUAGGGGAUCUAAUACUUAAAAAGGAUACCGUUGCCCAGUCACGGAGAUCUUCCGUUUCAAGCACGGAUAGUUCUGUUUCCGAUCCUCCUGAUGACCCCGAAGAAGCUAGAGGUGAUAGAAUGUCUGGCGCCAAGUCUCUUUUGCGCCGGUUUCCUACGUUCUCCGACGAUGCCAAUCGAACUUCACGCAGGAACCUUGAGAAGAUCAGUUCGAAGACCAAUGUGCCUUCUAUGUCUCCCUUUGUCUUCACGCCUCGGCAUGAUCGAUUAGAAGAACAUCAACCGCCUGUCUACGGCAGUUCUUCGAAGGCCGGUGCUGACAUCGACACGACGGACUCACAGAGAGAAGUGGGUGGGUUUUCUACAUCUCUCCAUACGCCAGCAACCCGUCAUGAGAAACUACGAUUUGGCCCUGAUAUUCAUACUGUGCCAGAACAAUUCAGAAAGCGUAACAUCAGGGAUGUCGGUGUUCCCUUCAGUUUGACAAGGGCUCCUGUCACGGGUCUUGCUCAAGCGAGAGCAGACACUACUUCAUCGUCCCAGGGAAAACGCCCAAGACUGGCAACUGAGUCAAGAAGCUGGAGUAUCUCUAACCGCAGCUUAUCUAGCUCGCUUGUUGUUGGUGUUCCGGGGAAGCGCGAGAUUGAGCGCACCCGAGCCCUUCUUCUUUCUUCGGGAAUCAAAGCUCGAGAGAUCACCCGCCGAGCAGAAUGUGUGCGGCAGCCACCACCAGACUUCCUUCGGCGCACAUUUGGUACGGAAGCAUCCGUACCUCAAGUAAGUCGGCUUUAUGAGUACGAUGUAGCCGCACAGGGCCUGCUCAGAAGCUUCGAGAAAACACAUCGCUCGUUCCAACAAUCCAUAGACAAUUUCUCUGGCUCGGUCUCAUCUCCUUUAAGAUCGCAACUGAACAAACUCGAGGACAUGGUCAAUGAGACGAUUUCCCCGCGUGUUCAGGCAGUCACACAGGAUGCGGAGGACUUGAGCAUUCAGCUCAACACCACUAGAGGCGUCAUCGCCGGCUGCGCUGGGUACGGCGCACUGGGUUUGUGAUGCUCGAAUGGGCAUUAGUUGGUAUGCUCUGGUGGGUUUGGCUAAUUGUGAUGGCUUUCAAGAUCUUGCGAGGCGUUUUUCGGGGUGUUCUUUCAGGUGUCAGAUGGGUCUUGUGGUUGUGAAUGCGACAAACUGAGAAGAAUGGCUGUUGUUUCCUCGUUAUUAUACCCCCAUCAGAUUCUACAUGUUCCUAGCGUUUGUUCCCUUUUCUACAUCACGGAUAUCCUUUUCACAAUUCUUGUAUUAUAUAGC